CCAAGUUCUACUGUGCCUGGAUAGCCAUGGUUCUCCUGGCUCUGUUCGCGGUGACACUGGCCCUGGCGAUGGCCGUCUUGGGCUUUGUGGAGCGCCAGAGGAACCGCGAGCAUCCCGUCCUCAAGGGAGUGUUCGGCACCGUGCGAGGCAAGCGCAUCGUGAUCACCGACCAAGGGAACGAGUUUCACGUGUACGCCUUCCUGGGGAUACCGUUCGCCAAGCCGCCGCUGGGGACACUGCGUUUCAAGCCACCCGUACCUCUAGACGAAGAGCUCUACGACGGCCAGUACCUGUCCGCUCUGGGCGACCUGGUGGUCGUGGUUCCUAACUACCGUGUCGGUGCUCUGGGCUUCCUCAGCGGGCCGUCGGCCGGCGUACUGCCGGGCAACGCCGGUCUCUACGACCAACGGCUCGCUCUGUCCUGGACGCUGAAUAACAUCGAGAACUUCGGCGGCAAUGCGUCCCGCCUCGUGCUGGCGGGUCACGACGCCGGCGCAGCGUCCCUGGGCUACCACCUGUUCAACGGGGACGCCGCUCUCUUCACGCGCAACGUAGCCCGCUACAUACUGCAGAGCGGAGGACCCUUCAACAGGUACAAGGACGACGGCGUGGAAGGCACCCGUCUCCUGGCGACCAACCUGCAGUGCGGCAACGACCUGUCGGUGCCGACGGCGCUGCGCUGCCUGCAGAACUCCGACGUGGACGCUGUGGCGCGAAGCCCCCUCGCGUCCAGGUUCGUGCCGCUACUGAACCGGACGCCGGUUGCUCGCGGGCCAUCAAGCAGCGCAGACAAACGCAAGGAGGUGGGUCCCCAGGGCAAGCAGUUCCUGCUGGGCCGGGUGGUGCGCGAGGGAGUCUACCCCUGGUUCGUCGAGCACAAGCGCACGGGAUCCAGCGAGCCACUGCACUUGGCCACCCGCCUCAUCGGCCGCAAAGCGCUCGAGCAGUGGCAGACUGCCACGGGAGUUACACUGAGGCCGUUGGACGGGGACACGCUGUACCAGCAGGCCGUCGGAGACAUCCUGGAGGUGUGUCCCAUGUCUGAUCUCGCCGAGCUACUGCAAGUCUUGGAGAACCGCGUGUACGUCUAUGUGCUCGGCUACCGCCCCAGGUACUCAAGCUGGCCCGACCUGACCGAGGCGGUGCGCUUCGAGGACAUGCAUCUGGUGUUCGGCAUGCCGUUCAGGCCCGGCGUGCCUUCCAGCGAGCUCGACAAGCAGUGGUCGCGCACCAUGAUACAAGUGUGGUCCACUUUCGCGCACACGGGCAAAGCGCCUGCGCUGAACGGUUCGCGGUGGCCGGUGUACGACCCUCUGCAGCCUUCUUACAUGAAGCUGGGUGUGGACGGCGUGAGCAUGGAGCACGACGCCAAACGGGGGCGCUGUGACUUUCUGAGGAGCCACCGCAACACGUACUGAGGAGGAGGGCCACUGGUUACGCUACACAAGCUUCGAAUGAGCUUCUCUGUUUAGAUGCGAAAAAGCGUAGCGGUUAUACCCGCGCGCAUGCGAUAUACGUUCGCGCGUAACAUAUGUACAUUUUCUUACAAUUAUUUUCGCGAUUAAAC